CGUCUCCUUUGCUUUGCUCCUCUUCCCUUCUCUCAUCACUUCCUUGUUCACCCCAACCAGCUCCUCUCUCUCUCUCUCUUCUAUAUUAUAUUAACAAAAUAUUUUAAAAACAGAAAAAAAGGGAAUCCACUUCGUGUUCCUCUCUGUGUUUUGGAGCUCAAUUCGGUCUCUCUUUUGUUCUCUCCUGCAAAAUCUUAUUUUGGCGAAAGAAAAUACAGGGAAUGGAAGAAAAAUCCAUCGUCCUUGUCUAGGGUUUUUUUCGAUUCGAUCUUCUGUCUGCUUUCUUUGAUUCAUCCUCCUCGCUAUCAAUAUCCAGUCCCUUCCCUUCCCUUCUCGUCGUCUUCUUCUUCUGAGUGAAUCGCUGAAGAGAGGACGAACGGCUACUCUGGCUGCUUUUUUAUUAUCCCUGAUGGAUGAGAGCUUGCUCUGCUAACUUCCAGGCAGUCGGUUUCAUAUCAAGCAUCAUCUACAAGGUUUAUUUUUCUUACGCAUCGGAAGUUUCUUUAUUGGGAAUUGGAGCUUUUGAACGUAUGUGCGGUAGCAGAUUGCUGAAUAUAAUGGAGCACGGUUAGUACUUGGUACGAGGUACUUUCUCAGAGGAUCUUUGAUAAAUUUAUAUUGGGAGAAAGGUACUGCAGUUGGUGCUAACUGUUGGACGGGACAGCAUAUUUUCAGCCAUGCCUUCUCUCCAGCUAUUAAAAUUUACGGAGCAUGGCCGAGACCUUCUGGCUUCCAGAAGGAAAUCUCUGUUGUUUGCUGCUGGUAUCUUGGUUGCUGGUGGAACUACUGCAUAUUUGCAGUCUUGUUCGAGGGUUAAAAAGUCCGAUUCAUUUGGUAAUUACAAUGGGCUCAAUGAUGUUAAAGAAAAUUCAGAUAAGCUGCUUACAAAAGUCAAUAAUGCCAAGACGACCACGAAGCAAGGAGGUUUUAAAUCGCUUAAAGUUCUAGCUGCUGUCCUUCUGUCUGAGAUGGGGAAAGUGGGAACAGCAGACCUCUUGGCUAUGAUAGCCAUUGCAGUGUUAAGGACUAGUUUGAGCAACAGACUUGCGAAAGUACAAGGAUUUCUGUUUCGUGCAGCUUUCCUCCGCCGUGUGCCAUUGUUUCUCCGACUAAUAUCAGAAAAUAUCUUACUCUGCUUCCUACUAUCAACCAUGCAUUCGACUUCAAAGUAUGUUACCGGGACAUUAAGCUUGUGUUUUAGAAAGAUACUGACAAAACUUAUCCAUACACAUUAUUUUGAGAAUAUGGCAUACUACAAGCUAUCACAUGUUGAUGGUCGGAUCACCAAUCCCGAGCAAAGAAUAGCAAGUGAUGUCCCAAAGUUUUGCUCAGAGCUUAGCGAGCUGGUGCAAGAUGAUCUGACAGCCGUAACAGAUGUGGUUCUCUACACUUGGCGGCUUGUUUCUUAUGCUAGCCCAAAAUAUUUGGUUUACAUACUGGGCUAUGUAUUGGGAGCAGGUGCCCUUAUUAAAAAGUUUUCUCCUUCUUUUGGGAAACUGAUGGCUAAAGAACAGCAGCUAGGAGGUGAAUAUAGACAGCUUCAUUCACGUUUGCGGACUCAUGCUGAAAGUAUAGCAUUUUAUGGUGGUGAACGAAGAGAAGAAUUUCAUAUACAGGAAAAGUUCAGAACUCUUGUUAAGCACAUGAAAGUUGUCCAUCACGAGCAUUGGUGGUUUGGCAUGAUCCAGGAUUUCCUGGCCAAGUAUCUUGGUGCUACUGUUGCUGUUAUUUUGAUCAUUGAGCCUUUCUUUGCGGGCGGUCUCAAACCAGACACUUCAACUUUGGGAAGGGCAACAAUGUUGAGCAAUUUAAGAUACCACACAAGUGUGAUAAUAUCUUUGUUUCAGUCACUUGGUACUCUUUCCAUAAGUUCUAGAAAGCUUAGUCGUCUAAGUUAUUUCUGUUAUAUCGCAGUGGUUAUGCUGAACGGAUUCAUGAACUGAUUGCCAUAUCAAGAGAGCUAAGCAGUGGUGAUAAGUCCUUGCAAAGAGUUGGAAGUAGGAACUACUUCAGUGAUGCGGAUUAUGUUGAGUUUUCUGGCGUCAAGGUUGUUACACCAACUGGUAACGUUCUGGUGCAAGAUCUGAGUCUUAAAGUUGAACCUGGAUCUAACCUGUUAAUUACAGGUCCAAAUGGCAGUGGGAAGAGCUCACUCUUCCGAGUUCUUGGAGGCCUUUGGCCAUUGGUGUCUGGCCAUAUAGUCAAACCAGGUGUUGGUUCUGAGCUUAAUAAGGAGAUUUUCUAUGUUCCUCAGAGGCCUUAUACUGCUGUAGGCACACUUCGAGAUCAGUUAAUUUAUCCUCUAACCUCUGAUCAAGAGGUUGAAGCACUUACGCGCAGUGGGAUGGUGGAGUUGUUGAAAAAUGUUGACCUUGAGUAUCUAUUGGAUCGCUACCCCCCUGAGAAAGAAGUUAAUUGGGGAGAAGAACUCUCCCUUGGAGAGCAACAAAGGUUGGGGAUGGCAAGGUUGUUUUACCACAAGCCUAAAUUUGCAAUUCUUGACGAGUGUACUAGUGCUGUGACAACUGAUAUGGAGGAGCGUUUUUGUGCCAAAGUUCGAGCUAUGGGGACGUCAUGUAUAACCAUAUCACAUCGCCCAGCUUUAGUUGCAUUUCACGAUGUCGUUUUGUCGUUGGAUGGUGAAGGGGGGUGGGAAGUUGACAAAAAAAGGAAGGAUUCCCGAGCUCUUACUCAAACUGGAACUAAUGCCGUGAACUCUGAGACAAAUCGUAAAAGUGAUGCACUGGUUGUCCAACGUGCAUUUGCCGCAACUGAUGAGGACUCUACAUUUCCAAGUUCGAAGGCACAGUCUUAUAUUUCUGAGGUGAUAGCACGAUCACCACAGUUCGAUCAUAAUGUUCCAGUGCCUUCUGUUUUACAAUUAAAGAGAAAUCCACGGGCAUUGCCAUUGCGAGUGGCUGCUAUGUUUAAGAUACUGGUGCCGACAGUGCUUGACAAACAAGGGGCGCAGUUACUUGCGGUUGCUUUACUGGUUAUUUCUAGAACUUUCGUCUCAGACAGGAUUGCCUCACUAAAUGGAACAACUGUCAAGUAUGUUCUGGAACAAGAUAAAGCAGCGUUCGUUCGUUUAGUAGGUGUCAGUGUUCUCCAGAGUGCUGCAUCAUCUUUUAUUGCACCGUCAUUGAGGCAUUUGACAGCAAGACUUGCUCUUGAGUGGAGGAUACGCUUGACUCGACAUUUGCUAAAGAACUACUUGAGAAACAAUGCAUUUUAUAAGGUAUUUAACUUGUCAAGCAAAAAUGUUGAUGCUGAUCAGAGGAUAACUCAUGAUCUAGAGAAGUUGACUACAGAUUUAUCUGGAUUGGUAACUGGAAUGGUAAAGCCAUCUGUUGAUAUCUUAUGGUUCACAUGGAGAAUGAAGCUUUUAACAGGUCGGAGGGGUGUUACCAUUUUAUAUGCUUAUAUGCUACUUGGUCUUGGUUUUCUACGGACUGUUACUCCUGAUUUCGGUGAUCUAGCUAGCCAGGAGCAGCAACUUGAGGGAACCUUCAGGUUCAUGCAUGAAAGGUUGAGAACACAUGCUGAGUCUGUUGCCUUCUUUGGAGGUGGUGCUCGAGAAAAAGCUAUGAUCGAGUCUAGGUUCAAAGAGCUUCUGCGGCAUUCAACAUUUCUUCUGAAAAAGAAAUGGUUGUAUGGCAUAUUGGAUGAUUUUGUAACCAAGCAGCUGCCACACAAUGUGACUUGGGGUUUGAGCCUGUUAUAUGCCGUGGAACACAAAGGAGACCGUGCAAUGAUCUCCACUCAGGGUGAGUUGGCACAUGCACUUCGGUAUUUGGCAUCUGUGGUGUCUCAGAGUUUUUUUGCCUUUGGAGACAUUCUUGAGUUGCACAAGAAGUUUGUUGAGCUCUCUGGUGGCGUUAACAGAAUUUUUGAGCUUGAAGAGCUUCUCGAUGCUGCACAAUCUGGUGACGGCUUAACAGAUAGACUUUCCAUGCCUUCGGAACGAUACCUUCACUCAAAAGAUGCAAUAUCCUUUAUCGAGGCUGAUAUUAUUACCCCGUCACAGAAAUUGUUGGCAUGGCAGCUGACGUGUGAAAUUGUACAAGGGAAAAGCCUGCUUGUCACUGGUCCAAAUGGCAGUGGAAAGAGUUCAAUUUUCAGGGUGCUUAGAGGUCUAUGGCCAAUUGCGAAUGGAGGACUAGCUAAACCAUUGCAACAAUUUAGCGAAGAGAAAGGAUAUGGGUGCGGCAUUUUUUAUGUCCCCCAACGACCUUACACAUGUUUGGGAACAUUGAGAGACCAAAUCAUAUAUCCUCUAUCACGUGAGGAAGCAACGAUCAGGACACUAAGACUGUUUGGGAAAGAUUCAGUUUAUGAACAUGCUGACGCAAGUGAGGUUCUGGAUUCUCGUCUGAGAAUCAUUCUGGAGAAUGUUAGACUGAAUUAUCUUUUGGAGAGAGAACAAGGUGGUUGGGAUUCUAACCAGAACUGGGAAGACAUGCUCUCUCUAGGUGAACAACAGAGAUUGGGCAUGGCCCGACUGUUCUUCCACAGUCCUGAAUUUGGCAUCCUCGACGAGUGCACAAAUGCUACGAGUGUGGAUGUUGAGGAACAACUUUAUAGACUUGCUACAGAAAUGGGUAUCACGGUGGUUACCUCCUCUCAGCGUCCUGCUCUAAUUCCAUUCCACUCAAUGGAACUACGUCUUAUUGAUGGCGAGGGAAACUGGGAGCUCCGUACAAUCAAGCAAUGAAAUCUCCAAGUUGGAGCCUUACCCAACUGGCAUUUUUUCGUUCCAUCAGUCGGAAUAAUUAGACAUCCCGAGCUGGUAAUCAUCCCCCUUCAUCAUAAAGCCUCCUGUGGCUACUUUGUCUCGAUGAUUAUGGAAAGUAUGAACGUACAUGUGUUGGUCGGUUGGAGAUUCGCCUUUGUUAGGAGUAGCUAGAAAAAGAACCAGGUCUUGGCAGAACUGAGUCACCAUUUCACACAGCACAGGCUUAUUGAAUCCCAUGCUGUUAAAAACUAAGGUGCAGUGGGCAAGAACAGAGAUGUUUUGGGGGUAAAGAUAAGGGCUGUUUCUAAAGGAUAUGUACCAUAUAGUGCAUAGACGAAGAAAUUGGAUGAUGUACAGAAUUCUUGUCGCCGUAGCGUACGUGUAUUGGCUUAGUUUCAUCUUCUCUUCUUUUUAGUUCAAAGGUCCCUGGCCCUUCAUUUGGUGUUGUGGAGCUAUCAUCAUCAUCAUAUUAUAGGACGAGUCGCCCCAGUUUUCUCUGGUACUGUUUUAAACUUGUGCGCGACCAUAGAAUAAAUUGUGUUGAAGAAAACAAUCUAUAGGCAACCAUUUGGCUUUGGUUCUGUUAUUGUCUACCCUUGUCGAGAAUUCUUCCCAUCGGUUCACGAGUAUUAUGAAAACUCAUGUCAAUUGGUUUCGCGCUGUUCAAUUGGCAAUUCGCCAUAGUAAAAGGCUCUUUCUGUCAGUGUUAUA